AAGAUUGCGCCGACUUUUCCAAUUGUUCCAUUUUCUCUCAUCCCAAAGUUAGAAAACCCAUUCCCUUUGAAAAUGGAGGACCCUUUACUAAAGAUGAUUAGACAAUCCCUGCUUGAAACCCUAGUUGAAGCCCUAGAUCGAAGAAGAGAUGAUAAGAUUGAUAGAAUCAGUAUACUUCCACAAUCUGUUCUUCUGCACAUUCUUUCACUCUUGGACUUCAAAGAAGCUGCAGCCACCUCAGUUUUAUCCACGUCCUGGAGAGACCUUUUCUUACAACUUCCCAACAUUUUGUUAGUUUUCGAUACCAAUGGCAAUCCCUCUGACAAUCCUAGACUGUUUCACAUCUUCACACUCUUUGCUAAUCGAGUGUUUCGAGAGAGAAACCCAGAAGCAUCCAUUAAGCUUCUCCAUGUAUCUGUGAGGAAUUACACUAAAAGGAUGGAAGAGGAUUAUAGAUCAUUGUUGAUGUCUGUAGCUGCUGCAGUGUCCACUCACAAGGUGCAUCAAUUUUCUCUUGAUCUUGGUACCUAUAGUUCAAGUACUAAGGCAUCUUCAAUUGUUCUUCCACCUGCAAUGUUUAGAUCUGAGACUCUAACCAGUUUGCUUCUUACCCUUUUUGUGGGGUGGGAUGUUCCAGAAAAUGUUUGGUUGCCCAAUCUACGGGAUGCUCACUUUCUUCCGUAUAGAUUGAUGCAUGAGAAUUCUAUUCAGAGGUUUCUCGAUGGAUGCCCUAGGCUAGAAAAACUUAUGUUUUGUAUAAGGUUAAUUACAUGGAAGGUUAAGACUAAAGUCAAAACUCUUCGCAUGUCAAGUUCCACCUUGAAAGUUUUGGGGGUUACUUGGGAUCUGAUAGAUGAAACAGAGAUGAGUAUUGCUGUGAAGUCUGAAAGUCUUGAGAGCUUGACAUUAUGUCUUAGGGGAGGUCACAAAGUGAAUGUGGAUGCACCAAAUCUGAAGUCCUUCGACAUUAGCGGUCAUGUGCGUGAAUUGAACAUCAUUCAAGGUUUUCCUUCAAUUGAUGAGGCCGAAAUAGAUGUUGCAUAUACGUUUCAGGCCUCAGAUCUGGAUAACAUCUAUUCACGUUCUGAAAAAGCUUCUACCUUUUUGAGAGCUUUGGGAAACGUGAGAUUACUCCGCAUAUCGGAACCCAUCAUGAAGGUUCUAUAUCUUUCUACCUCGGCGAUGCCCACUUUCAGAAACAUGUAUAAGAUAAAGCUCAUCCCUCAUUAUUGUGAUGAUUUUCCCCGUGACAGGAUUGAACAGGUGUUAUUCGACUUGUUUGAAAAUUGUCCCAACCUUCAAGUGCUUUCCUUUGAUAAGAUAAAUGUGUUCAACGACUACAACAACUCUGGUGAUGUCGAUUUUGAACCUGUUUUCCCUAUUAGAAUGGUUCAAAAUCUGAAGAAAUUAAAAAUUGCUCAUUUCAAAGGUCGAGAAGGGGAAUACAAGCUGGUGGAAUAUUUCAUGAACAACGGAGAAUCUUUGGAGAUUGUUUCUGUGAGAAAAGAUGGUUGGAAGGCAAUUACGCGAGAACAACAAAAGAGAAUUCUCUCCUUACGUGCUGAGAAGAGAGUGAGAAUAUAUUUAGGUAAAAAUUUAAUUUUAUGAAAUCCCCAUCUCUUUAAAACUAUGUUAUUUCGUCGAACACCACCACGCCUCUUCUUGGAGCGGUGGGUUUUCGAUAUUCUCUUUUUCAUAUUCCAUUGCAUGCUUCUUCGCUGAACAACACUGUUCUAGUUCGUCCGUGUCUCUACUUUACUCCUUCGAGAGCCAACUAGCUUUUGUUUUAUAGGGUUUGUAAGUUGACGGUUGAAAACAAACUUAUCUUUUAUUUAUUUUCUACAUGAGUUAAUAUGUGUUGGAUUGAUGCGAGUA